AUGGAUUCUGAAGAAAACGGAAUGUCGAGUUCGACCAAUUCUGAUCCAACCAAGUCGAUUAGGUCUUCUGCGAACAAUAAUAAUAACAGCCAAGAAGAUCAACGAACUUCUGCACAAGAAAAUAAAAUUUUAAAGAACGAUGAUAAUUCAACUUGCAUGACGAACAAGAAAAGAACGUUCGGUAACGAUAGCAUUUUAGAGGAAACAAACUCUGAGCCCCAUGCUUCAUCACAUGAUUUUGAUGCACCGGUUUCAAAGAAAAUUAACACUCAGACUUAUUCAGCCGCAAAUAAAAAUGUCUCAUCACCUCAAUUGUCAUCAUUUUCUUUUAAACCAAGUAAUAGAAAGGAACGUAAAAUUUAUAAAAUCAUGCAUAAAAAAAAUACUUCCGAUAAUUCAAAAUUUCAACAUGAUCCAUUAGCAGAUGCAUCAUAUUCAUCACAAAAAGCUUCUAUUGUGAAAUCUAAACAAAACCAUUCUAGCCCGUCUAAAGCAACCCGUGGAAGGAAAAAAAAAUCGGCGCAAGAUACUGUUUUGUUAAAAAAUACCAAUCCACCAUCAAGCUCAGAUGGUUUAUUUUCUGAUAUUCGAAUCUUUUUUAUUCCAAACAAUAUUGAUAGAGUUCGUUUGAGAUUGUUGAAACAAAAGGUAGAAGAAGGGGGUGGACAAGUCGUUAACAAUAAAUUCGAUGCAUCUGUAACUCAUGUAAUUACUGCUUUGGAAGGUCGAAUGGUUUUGGAAAUUUUGGGAAUUAACGAUAUUCCUCAGGUAUUUAAUGAAAUGAUAAACUCCUUGUCACCAAAAAUGCGUUCGUCUUCUCCAUCUUCCAUUUUACCAAAAGCCAAUGAAUCAAAGAUACAUAGUGACGAUCCUUUAUUAGAAAUAAUCAAGGAGACCAACAUUCAAGACAGCAAAAUGUCUGAUCCAGAAGAUGAAAUCAUUGUGUCAUCAAUGCAAGUCGAAGAAAACAAUCCAAAUCAAUUGAUAAUUGAUAAGCUCCAAGUGUUAUUGAAUCAUUAUCAACGAAUGAGAGAUGAAUGGCGGACUUUAAGUGUAGGCGCAUCUACUGCUAUGAAAUGGUAUGCAAAAGGUUACAGAACUUUUGACGAUAUUAUUAAAAAUGUUAAAUUAACACACGCCCAACGUAUUGGAAUUGAAUACUUUGAUGAUCUUCAAGAAAGAAUUCCAAGAGAUGAAGUAACUGAAAUCUCAAAACGCGUAAAAGAAGCGGCUAGUAAGAUCGAUCCUGAUUUAUUAUGUAUCACUGUUGGAUCUUAUAUAAGAGGUCAACCUACCUGCGGGGACAUUGACAUUUUAAUAACUAAAAAUGGUUUGGAUGGAAAGAAAGAUUAUGAAACUUCAUCAAAGUAUUUUGGUUUGUGUAGGUUGCCUGGUGGAAAACAUCGUCGGAUAGAUCAAGUAGCAAAAUCAGUCCUGAUAUUAAGUUCUGUCGCGCAGACUUUUAAACUAGAUCUUUGUACGAAAAAGUCCGAGAACCUAAUUUGCAAUAAACUAAGCACAUCAAAGUAA